AUUCCACCACUCGAUUAUCCCUUUUUGAUGGCCUUUUCACUGCAGCUGGGGUCUAUACGGCUAUAAAGCGGGAGAAAAAAGGAAGCUGGGAACUCAGAGAUGCAGAGCCCAAGAAACAAUCGAGUCUAAAAUUGGCACUUAGGUGGGUACUCACUCCACCAGGAUCCCCUGUGUUAAACACCAGGCUGAGCACCGGGGAUGAGGGUGCCCUGAGAAGACAACGCGUGCCAUGCUUCAUUGCAAGAUGACUCUGCUUAAUAUAGGUGUCGAUAGUAGUCCUCACAGGCACAGGGGGAGAUCAAAAGACCCCUCUGUCCCAACAUUAAACCCAGCACUGCAGAAAUGAAGCUCCACCCAUUACACACACACCACCACCGACUUAAAAGCUCUUCCAUCACUAGACCACAGCAGCACUGUAGUAUGAUGGAAGGUCUCAGACCCUACAGUGUCAAACACCCCACAUCAAAGCCACCCAAAUGUUCCGCAUCCGAGCAGGGACAGGAGCACAAUCACGCACCUGUGGCAGCCGCCUCGCCGCGCACAUCGCCGCCGUGUCCUGGCGUCAAAAGCUCACACACGCACACGUGCACACGCAGGCCCGAGCUACGGCCGUGCACGCUCUGUCAGUUGCCUGGGAGCUUGGGGCUUCCUCACUGUGAGCGCCUCCAGCACCUAACCCAGGCACUUUGAGAUCUUGGAAGGGUAACCAGAGAUCAAAGUUCGAAAACCGCCCGGGAGCCUGUGGGAAAUGUAGUCCAAUGCCGGAAACGCCCGGAUGUGGAGAAGGCGCGCGUAGCCGUUGGCCUGCAGGAACGCGUCGCGCAGACACCUGGGAGGCACCGUCCGCGCGGGAGUGCGCGUGCGCAGACGCCCGGCCAGCGACUGAAGGUAGUCUUCAGCUCUCACGGAUUGGGAGCUGGGAAAGGAAUGAGAAGUCAGAAGUCAGAGACAAGAAGAGGCUAACAUGACUGAUACCACUAUAAUUUAGUGACCUCCCUCUUUUCUAAAGAGGAGCCCAAAGGAGGGACUGGUCAUCUAUUUCAUAUCUCCAAAGCAUGGCUCAGGGAUCAGUGUCAUUCAAUGAUGUGACUGUGGACUUCACUCAGGAGGAGUGGCAGCAUCUGGAUCAUGCUCAGAAGACUCUAUAUAUGGAUGUGAUGUUGGAAAACUAUUGCCACCUCAUGUCUGUAGGGUGUCACAUGACCAAACCUGAUGUGAUCCUCAAGUUGGAACGAGGAGAAGAGCCAUGGACAUCAUUUGCAGGUCAUACCCGCUUGGAAGAAAACUGGAAAGCCGAAGACUUUUUAGUAAAAUUCAGGGAACACCAAGAGAAGUAUUCUAGAUCAGUUGUAAGCAUCAACCACAAAAAACUGGUGAAGGAGAAAAGUAAAAUAUGUGAAAAGACAUUUACUCUAGGCAAAAACCCUGUUAAUUCCAAAAUUCUACCUCCUGAAUAUGAUACUCAUGGAAGGAUUUUGAAAAAUGUUUCAGAAUUAAUUAUCAGUAAUCUAAAUCCUGCAAGAAAGAGACUUAGUGAGUAUAAUGGAUAUGGGAAAUCACUCCUCAGUACUAAACAAGAGACAACUCAUCCUGAAGUCAAAUCCCAUAAUCAAAGUGGCAGAGCUUUCAGUCAUAAUGAAGUUCUUACGCAGUAUCAGAAAACGGAAACUCCAGCACAGUCAUUUGGAUAUAAUGACUGUGAGAAAUCGUUCCUUAAAAGGGGGGGCCUGAUUACACAUAGUAGACCUUACAGAGGAGAAAACCCAUCUGUAUAUAAUAAGAAGAGAAGAGCAACCAAUAUUGAAAAAAAACAUACAUGCAAUGAAUGUGGGAAAUCCUUUUGCAGGAAAUCAGUAUUGAUUCUGCAUCAGGGAAUUCACUCAGAAGAAAAACCCUAUCAAUGUCAUCAAUGUGGAAAUGCAUUUAGAAGGAAAUCAUAUCUCAUUGAUCAUCAGAGAACUCACACAGGAGAGAAACCCUUUGUUUGCAAUGAAUGUGGUAAGUCCUUCCGCCUAAAGACAGCCCUUACUGACCAUCAGAGAACACACACAGGGGAGAAAUCAUAUGAAUGUCUGCAAUGUAGGAAUGCCUUCAGAUUGAAGUCACACCUUAUUCGUCAUCAGAGAACUCACACAGGAGAGAAACCGUAUGAGUGUAAUGACUGUGGGAAGUCCUUCCGCCAGAAGACAACACUCUCUUUACAUCAGAGAAUUCAUACAGGAGAGAAACCCUAUAUUUGUAAAGAAUGUGGGAAAUCCUUUCACCAGAAGGCAAAUCUUACUGUACACCAGAGAACCCAUACAGGGGAAAAGCCCUAUAUUUGUAAUGAAUGUGGAAAAUCCUUCUCCCAGAAGACAACUCUUGCUCUUCAUGAGAAAACUCAUAAUGAAGAGAAACCCUAUAUUUGUAGUGAAUGUGGAAAGUCCUUCCGCCAGAAGACAACCCUUGUAGCACAUCAAAGAACACAUACAGGGGAGAAAUCUUAUGAAUGUCCUCACUGUGGGAAGGCCUUUAGAAUGAAGUCAUACCUCAUUGAUCAUCACCGAACUCAUACAGGAGAGAAACCGUAUGAAUGUAAUGAAUGCGGUAAGUCAUUCAGUCAAAAGACAAAUCUCAAUCUACAUCAGAGAAUUCAUACGGGGGAGAAACCCUAUAUUUGUAAUGAAUGUGGAAAGUCUUUUCGCCAGAAAGCAACCCUCACUGUACAUCAGAAAAUACAUACAGGGCAGAAAUCCUAUGAAUGUCCUCAGUGUGGGAAAGCCUUUAGCAGGAAGUCAUAUCUCAUUCAUCAUCAAAGAACUCAUACGGGAGAGAAACCAUAUAAAUGUAGUGAAUGUGGAAAGUGCUUCCGCCAGAAGACAAAUCUCAUUGUACAUCAGAGAACUCACACAGGUGAGAAACCGUAUGUUUGUAAUGAGUGUGGUAAGUCUUUCAGUUAUAAGAGAAACCUCAUUGUCCAUCAAAGAACUCACAAGGGAGAAAAUAUUGAAAUGCAAUAAAUGAGGUGGUUUCUUAUGUUAAUUCUUUUCAAGUUAUUGUAAACCUUUAGUUAUAAAAAGAAAAGCAUGCUGAAAGAUGUUAAUGUAAUUUAAAAUCACAAGCCUAAUAAUAGUUAUUAACUUAAAGUACCAUAAUGAAUAACUGUCUACUAUUUACUAGCUAUAAAAUGGGUGUCAUCAUUAUUGAACUCUAUUAGCUGUGAAGCUAAAUUUUAAAGUCUUCGACUGCUCCUCCUACUGACUCAAAUAGUUUAUUUUUAAAAAAUAGUUAUAUAAUACAUGCAGAGAUAAGAUACAAAAUGAUCAUAAGCAUUAAUCUCCAUAAGAAAAAAUAUUUAUGAACAUAUUUCUCAUUGCACUCUGUAAUAAAAAGCAGUUAGUUGUUACUUACCUAAGAGUUAUCACUUCCGUAGCCUAUAACUUUAAAAAGUAGUUUUUGCAUGUUUUCAAUUUUAUAUAUAUAUAUUUUAUCAUACAUCAUGAAUUCUUUUGUGUCUUGCUUAUUUCACUCAGUUUUUUAGAUUUGUACAUUAUUGCAUGUGGCAGUAGUGUAUUUUCAUUUUGCAUACUAUUCCAUUUUAAGAAUAUAUUGCAAUUUAUCCUAUUGAUGGAUAUUUGUAUUUUUUAUAAUUUUGUGUAAUAAUAAAAAUACUGCUGUAAACAUUCUUGUUUA